UGUGUGUUGUCACUUGUCAGUUUUGCAUUUGUCACCACUCUUUGUGAAUAGUGAAUAGAAAAUAAUUUAUAUUUUUAUUUUAUAAAUUAAAACGUAGCUAUAGUAUCCACAUCAAUAGUUAUAUAUUUCUAAAGAUUAUGGUAUUUUGCACACCACUUAUAGUGGAUUGCAUGGAAAAAUAUGUGUAUAUGUCGUGAAAAAUAAUUAAAUAGUUCAUAAUGUGGUCGUUUUUCUCUCGGGAUCCUACGAAGGAUUUCCCCUACGAAGUAGGAGAUCCUGUGCCUGGAUUAGAAGACAGAAGCGUGUGGACUCUGCACAAGGGCAAGAAGAGAGGCACGCAAGAUGAAGUAUCAAUAUUUUUAUUCGAUGUUCAGAAGAAUUCUGAAACUUUUGACAUAGCUAAGGCCUCCUUAAAGAAACUAAAGACUAUGAGACACCCUAGCCUUUUACAUUAUUUAGAUAGCUGUGAAACUGAGAAAUUUUUAUAUGUAGCUACUGAGUAUGUAGAGCCUCUAGCCACGCACCUAGAGCAAACAAAACUUGUAGGCCCACAGAAGCAGCUAUUUCUUUCCUGGGGCAUAUUUCAAAUCACUAGAGCAUUAUCAUUUUUAAAUAAUGAUGGAAACAUGAGGCACAAUAAUGUGUGCCUGUACGCGUUUGUCACGCUAGCGGGAGAAUGGAAACUUGGCGGCUUUGAGUUCCUCACAACCCAAAGUCCGGACACUGGCAACUCUAUACCUAUUAAAAUAUUGCCAGCACUUGAAAUAUAUGAUCCUCCUGAGAAGAAGGACCCAGUCAAAUUAAAAACAGUCACCAAGUGUUCAUCAGACAUGUGGGGUUUAGGCUGCCUAAUAUGGGAAGCAUAUGACGGGCCCCUAAAGAACCAGCCUGCGCUCAAAACUACUGACAACAUACCAAAGCAGCUAUGCACGUUAUAUUGUGAACUGGUCAGUGCCAAUCCUGCAUCGAGGCCAAACCCUGCUGAUAUCAUUACAAGGUGUAGAAAAAUGGGUGGCUUUAAAAAUGACUUGAUAGACACAAUGCUGUUUCUUGAAGAGAUACAAAUAAAAGAUAAAGUGGAGAAGGGCAAAUUCUUCUCCACGCUCAGUUCUUACUUGGACAACUUCCCGGAAUCUGUGUGUGUUCAUAAGAUCUUACCACAGCUGUUGACAGCUUUUCAUUAUGGAGACGCUGGGUCAUUUGUUUUGGCUCCCAUGUUUAAGUUGGGUAAACUGUUAGACGAUGCUGACUACCAGAAGCAAAUAGUUCCAUGUGUUAUAAAACUCUUUGCUUCCAACGACAGGACAACGCGUUCUCGCUUGCUGCAACAGUUAGACCAAUUUAUUAUGCAUCUACAAAACUCUACUGUAAACGACCAAAUAUUCCCCCAAGUGGUUCACGGGUUCUUAGACACAAACCCCAUCAUUCGGGAGCAGACAGUCAAGUCGAUAGUGCACCUCUCCUCUAAGCUGAACUAUAACAACCUCAAUGUGGAGGUGCUGCGUCACUUCGCGAGGCUGCAGGCUAAAGAUGAUCAGGGGGGGAUACGGACAAACACAACAGUAUGUCUAGGCAAGAUCGCUCAACAUUUGCACCCACAAAUCCGGCAGAAGGUUCUAGUGUCAGCGUUUGUUCGCGCCACAAGGGACAACUUCCCGCCGGCCAGGCAAGCGGGAGUGUUGGCUUUAGCGGCCACGCAACAGUACUUCUUGUUAGCAGAAGUCGCUAAUAGGGUGCUGCCUGCUCUGUGUCCUUUGACUAAUGACCCGGAGAAACAAGUACGCGAUGCAGCUUUUAGGACUAUCAAAGGUUUUCUCGGCAAAUUGGAGAAGGUUUCUGAGGAUCCCAGCUUGAAAGAAGGAAUGGAGGCAGACGUACACACAGCGACUCCGUCACUCAGUAACGCAGCAGCCACGUGGGCCGGUUGGGCAGUGACGGCCGUGACUGCCAAAUUCUACCGUUCUCAUUCCGAUACUGCAAGAGUGUCGCAUCCUAAGUCUGUGCUGUCGAAACCUGGUUCUUUAGAACAACCGUCAUCAAGCAGUAUGUCGACGACUACAUCAUCAGUAACGUCGAUGACGUCACUGGAGCACAGCGAGUCGGCGUCAGACUACGAUCCCGAUCACUGGGACAUGGCGGCGUGGGGCGAGAUCGACUCUAGCGCAGGUACCGGCGCGAGCGCAAAGUCCCCGCCGAGCAGCGGCAGUGCGCAAGCGACGCCGGCGCUGGCCGCGCUGUGUGAGGACGAGUGGGACAACGAGGAGUGGGGCGAGCUGCAGGAACAACCCUGCGCAGAAGCCGAGCUAGCGAGUCCAUCGGAAACGUGGAACAACUCGCAAUGGACGGACCCGGUGCUGAACAACGCGAACGCGACGUACGUGCGCGGCGGCCGCCUCGAGCACCGCCCCGCCGCGCAUCAGAACAGCAACGACUCGCUCGGCGGCUGGGAGGAUACGGAGUUCGAGCCUAUUGAGGAGAAUGUUGAUGAAAACAACGCUUCCAAAAUGGACGAGAUGCGAAGAAAGAGAGAGGAAAGGAAGCUUCAGAGACAAAGAGAGAUGGAAGCCCGUCGUUCAGCCCGGGGUCAGGGGCCCAUGAAAUUGGGAACUAAGAUCACCACCGCGCCCCCACCCUUCUAGUGAAACUGCGCUUACGCAUACACGGUGAACGAUACUUGAAAAAUAAUCUUUUGAAUUUGGGACUUUUUUCAAAAUACUUUUUUGGAUGUUGUCUAACUGUUAAUUGAAGAGAUCGCUACAUUGGACUUAAAGGGCCUUACUACAAAAACUUUAAACCCUGUUUUACACUUGUCUAAUAAAAUUUUGGCUGCAAAAUGAACCAUAUGUCAACGUCAUAAUUUGACAUUUUUUUAGACAAGGCAUAAACUGACGUUUAAAAGUUUUGGUGGUAAGACGGGAUAUGUUCUGUUUAGUCAUUUUUGAGUGCUUAUCUUGGAUUAGGGAUGGCAACACAAAAUUAUAUCGAGGCUAAUGAAAUUGAGUAAAAAUGAUUUUGCAUAAAGUAAUGUAUAACUGGUUAUGUACUUGAACAUCCAGCAAAAUGAACUUUAAGAUAUUUUUAAAUUGAGCAAAUUACCCUGAGAUAUCUCGUCGAUUAAUUUAGUUGCCUUCCCCACUCCAAACAUUCCCAGCAUACAUCUCGAUUAUUGGAUAUUCGAUACUCUUCACAUUUUUGUUCGAAAACGGUUCUGACUAAAUCGAAUGCAGAUAUAUGACCAACUUGAAAUGUUUAGUUAAAAAUGUAUUUCUCUAGAUUAAGUUUUGCUUUAUUUAUUUUCUACAUUUAUCACUUAAAUUACAUACAUUCAAAUUGUAUUCUUUACAUAUCUAUCAACUUGCUGAAUUUGACUACAAUUAUUAUAUUAGGCUCUACAGAAUUCUGACACAGAACCAUUUUUUUAUUAUUGUACUAUAUCUAGCUAUAGUCUAUGGAUGAGUUUGGUGACUGUUUUUAUAAUAAAUCAAAAGAACUGCUACGACGAGAUUUACAAAAAUAUUUAAUGCCUAUUAAAAACAUGAAAUAAUAAAAAAACAUUGGUAUUUGUUCGGACUUUACUGCAACGACCCCCGCAAACGUAUAAAUGGCUUUUGGAAAAUAUUAUCGUAUAUAUUUCACUUUAACUAAACGCUAUUAAAAUAAUAUAUAACUCUAAUUUAAAUGCAUUAAAAUUCAAAAUCUGGUGUAAAAUUAACAGAUAUAUGAACUGCCCGUAGAUCGCUAGGUGUGGGCACAGCCUUAAAUAAAAAAAAAACAAAAUAAUUCCAUUCCAUCGAUUGUGAGUCGGUUACGUCAACAUAGUGUUCUGAUUGGUCGACAUUAGGGAACAAAUAUUGUAAAUUGAUAUGCACCAAAUAUAGAGCGCAGAAGUGAGACUAGACGCCAAUAAGGCAUAAAGUAAUAUUUUCAAAUUGUUCGUAGCGAGACAUUCGUAACGCUGUACGGUGAUUUUUGACCCUGAAGUGGUGAUUUUUAACUAUAUCGAGAUAUGAUAUUGAAUUUUACAACUUUUGUAUAGUGACGUGAUUAAGUCGAUAGGUUAUCGAUAUUUUGUGGACAUCCCUAGCUGGGCUUAUGCACGUCACUAUAAAAAAGUCGAUGAUACAUAAUCGAUUGCCAUGUUUUCCUCUAGCUUGUAACUAUGCGUAUUGUAUUCAAAUAAAUGUACAGAUAUUGAAAAAAAAAAUGAAAAUGCUUUUUUUCCUGUGGUGAUUAUGGGAUUUGUGCAAUCGGCAAAUGAGGGUGUCAAUUCGAUGUAAGUGCUUGUAUGGCGAGUGAAUGUUUUAUUGAUUAAACCGGUACUUGAAACUGUGGCUAAAUUACUUGCGACACAUCAAAUAUGUUACAUACAUAUGAAACAGAAUAGAUAGAUAUAAGUCAUAAGUAUACAUGUUUGUCUAUUACUUUGAUUUAAAUCGAUUUACUUUCACAAAGCUAAUUCUGGAUAUCUUACCUACAUGCUACUGAUAUUAUAAAUGUGAAAUUUUAAUAAGAUGAUGUUUCUUACUCUUCGAGGCUAAAACUACUGGAUUAAUUUUGAUACCUAUGAAUAUAACACAAAUGUCUACUACUUUACUUUUUAUCCAUCCGUGGAAUGCAGUUCCCUCGGGACGCGGGUGGAAGAUACCCAUUAAAACACCUCACAAUUUCAAGUAUACGGUAUUCCUGACACCGCUCGUAUGUAUAGUGAUCGCUAUUUUAUAUGUAUUAUAAAAAUAUAUAUAAGUAUAUACUUACAAUAUGAAGUAUCAGACUGGAUCGGUCUAUGAUUUUAUUAUAAUGUAUUUCGCAUUCUACAUUGUACUUAUUUAUGUAUUUUGUCAAGUGUAAUACAGUCAAGUCUUUCACAG